AUGGAUCAACAAGAUAUCUACAUGAACGUAAAGAGACCAAGAGGUAAUCCUGGCAAAAGGAAGAAUUUGGUCAAAGGUUUCAAAAGUGUUUAUGAGAAUGAAGAUAGGAUCCAAACUCUAGAGCUGAACAGAACUGGACCUGCAGACACCAAAGGCGUCUCUGAGUGGGUUCAGCUGCAGAGCAGUUACAACAAUUUGUCUGCAGAGAGAGACCAGAUGCAGAAAAGAUUUGAAGCCAUAACCAAGGACAAAAAUGAUCUGCAGACAAAGCUCCUCUCAGACACAGAGAAAAACUGUUGUGACAGAUGGGUGAAGCUUGGCUCCAGCUGUUACUAUGUAUCUACUGAACAGAAGACCUGGACAGAGAGCAGAAAGGAGUGCCAGAGCAAAGGAGCUGACCUGGUGAUCAUCAAUAGUGAAGAGGAACAGAAAUUUGUCAUUAAGUUCGACAAAAGAAUCUGGAUUGGGCUGACUGAUCAAGAUGAGGAGGGUGUCUGGAAAUGGGUGGACGGGACAGCUCUGACUGCAAAGUACUGGUACGCUCCACAGCCUGAUGAUGGUGGGCAACCAGGAGUGAAAGAAGACUGUGCAGAGAUGUACGUUAAAAGUUCUGAUCCUUUAUUAAAAUGGAAUGAUAUUCCUUGUUCACAUCGUAACUACUGGGUCUGUGAGAUUUAA